AUGCCGGGGAGUAAAGGAGGGUAUCAAGGGGUUGGGGGCCCCGCGGGGGCCCCUGGAGGGGUUACUGCAGCAGGAGGAGCAACAACAGACGGACAUUCUGCUGCUGCUGCUGCUGCUGCUGCUGCUGCUGCUUCAGUUGAAUCCGGGGGGACACUAGGUUCUACCCUAGAUGGGGGGCCCCCAGGGGGGCCCCCAGGGCCCUCUGAUGAGGAGAGGGAGAAGAGGGCAGCAGAAAUAAUGCGUAAAUUAUGCAGUGUCUUCCCUCCUGCUAAUUGUCAUCUUCUUACUCUUGGUCGUGGCUGUGGAGACAGGCAGCAUAUGCAGGUAACUGCAGCAGCAGCAGCAGCAGCAGCAGCAGCAGGGGGAGUUGAAGUAGCAGCAAUUAGGUGUAUUAGGUUGCUGCCUGCUAUCCGUUUAUUAUAUUAUUCUUCCUUAUCUCUUUCUUUUUCUCCUUGUUUAUCUGCUGAUUUAAUCCCUACUCUUGUUACUCACCCUAGUCCUCCUCAUAAUCAUCUUCCCCUUGAGCAGCAGCAGCAGCAGCAACAGCAGCAGCUGCUGCAGCAACUGCAGCAGCAGCAGCAGCAACAGCAGCAGCAGCAGCAAUUAGAGACAGAUGCAGAACAGUUAGGUCUAUCUAUAAUAAAUUCAUCAAUCCCUAUCCCUGUUGCAGCAAAACUAACAGUAUCUGCUGGUCGCCCUCAGCAGCAGCAGCAGCAACAGCAGCAGCAGCAACAGCAGCAGGAGCAGCAGCAGGAAUCUAGCUGCUGCUUAUGCGUAGGAUGCGACUCCAGCAGCAGCAGCAGCAAGAGCAGCAGCAGCGCUAGUGGAGACCCAGGCGAUGCAGCAGCAGAGGGAAAGAAGAGCAGCGAGGGACAGAAUGUGUCUCCUUCAGGACAAGCACCAGCAUAUGUUCUGCAUU